AUGCAAGGAGUUUGUUUUGCCCCUGCAAAAAGAGAACUCUUCCAGUCAGUAAAAGGUAACCCUGUCAGAAUAAAAAGAUUCAAGAUAGACCAGAGAAGUAAUAUUGAUGAUUUGCUAAUGAGCAGUAACGUUGAAAUACAACGACUUCAAGAAGCCUUAUUUCCUAAAGUAGAAAUCCCAAGCACCUUUGACCUAGGAAUGCUGAAAACCAUCGCUGCUCAUGGUCAAUUAAUAACAGUGAAAGCAAAGGUUACUACUCUGCGAACACCUGCAUUACUGCAGACAGGCAGUGGUCCCUUGAACAUGCUAGAAAGACAGAUCGUUGAUGCAAAAGGUUACUCUAAGAUAAUAUUCUGGGAACAAGUAAACAAGUAG